CCGUAAUAUACACAUAACUGUAUAAACAUCAUGGCGGAUAACUCAAGGAAUGUUUUCACCUGUCACAUCGAUAACUACAGCAGGACCAUAUAUAUCCCAGAAACCUGAGGAAAACAACACGAUGAGUUUGUACCCGAGUAUACGUCCCUUCAGCCAUUUGAAAAUUAUUUAUCAGACAUGAUCAACCAACCUGUACAUUGACCACAAACAACCAAAAUGGCCAACGUUGUUCCAUUGAAGUUCACGGCCAAGUUGAUCUGCAUACAGACAUUACUUGACCUUUCGGGUGAUGGCGACAGAGAAGCAGCACAGAUGAUGCUCAAGCAGCUCCAAACAGGACGCUACACAGCUGUGUCAUGUGGUCUGCUCCGACGUCUUGUCGACAGACAUCCCGCCAAAGUGACAAAUAGUAUCUUAUCUGCGUUGGCAUCGACACAUUUACGGGAGUUGAAACUCAAGAAAUGUAAAUAUGUAUCAUUUACAGGCUUGAAGAAUGUUCUUGAAACGUGUCCCCUGGUCACUAAACUUGACCUGUCCGAAUGUGACCAGUUUUCCCAGCCCGAGGUGUUCCAUAUAACGUCGUUCCUGCGACCAGGGAUCACAUCCCUGAGUCUAGAGAACUGUCUGACGGUGAACAACACUGUAGUACAGAGUAUUCUGUUGUACAUGAAGACCCUACAACACCUUAACCUGGCAAGUUGCUCCAAACUGACAGAUACUGUUUUCCUCCUCAAUGAGAAUCUACAACUUCAAAGGGAGACUUUUGGACAGAUGAGUCAGGACCGCUAUGAUUGUGCCCUGAUUAGUGUGGACAUCUCCUGUACGACACUGACCAGUACAGCGGUCAGACAUCUGGCCACACUGACCGGACCAACCCUCAAACACGUCAAUAUCUCGUGGACAGCGGCAGACACCUUGGCCUUGCUUUAUCUGUCGGGAUAUGGUCGUCCCGCUAUUGUCCAUCUCACCCUCUCUGACCCAGACAGUGACCUGGAUGGUCCACUUAAGCAAUCUUUGCUGGAGUUAAAGAACACGCUGAACCAGCUCAAGUUGGGCAUGUUGAGGAGAGAGAGAUCACGGAAGGGUAACUAUGUUGAUAUCCCUUUCAAUGAAACCACUGAUAGAGUCUCAUUAACAUCCAGUGACCCUCAGCUGGAGGUCAGAGCCUCACCGUCAUCUAGUAAAGGUCAUCCAGGGGUCACAGCCUCACUUUCGUCUACCAACACUGAUCCAGAGGCGGAAGUCUUUCUCUUAUCAAAGAACACAUGCUCAGAGAUCAGUGGCAAGAUGAAAACACCAUCACAGCCUCGUGAUUUACAAAACAAUGACAAAGCAUUUAAAUAUGAGGAUGAUCCAGAAGCUGGUCAUCAUCUUCAGAGUUCUGACAUUGGAGCUGGUGUUAAUGUUAGUGAGUGGUUUCCCUCGGUGAACAUAAAUGGAGUGAAAGCUGAAUCUGGUGACAACAGGUUACCAGAGAAGAGUUUUCUGAACAUCCUUGAGGAGGCCAGUGAGUCUGACGGUUCUGUGGACUCUACAAUGGAGGAGGGCGAGGACAGUGAUACCGGGGGAAGUGUGCAAAGUGACGAAAUAUUGUCAGAGAUUGAAACAAAUGGACAUGUAGACAGUGUAAUGGGACACUUAAUUGGUGGAAAUUGUGUGAAGGCUCUAGCAUCUGAUGUGACAGUAGGUUUGAUUGGUGGAUCUAGUGCCAAAGGUCAGACUUCUGAUGAAAAAGUACAUUUGAUAGGUGGAACUGAUGCUGAGGGUCAGACGUCUGAUGAAACGAUUCAUUUGAUUGGUGGAACUGAUGCUGAGGGUCAGACGUCUGAUGAAAUGAUUCAUUUGAUUGGUGAAUCUGAUGUGGAUGACUUGACAUCUGAUGUAACAGUGCAUGUGAGUGAUGAUUCCUAUAGUUGGACCGUGGACAAUUGUAGUCACAAUACUCCUGAUACCAAACUAUCAACUGACAAUAAAACUAGUUGUUGUGAAGUAUGCUCAAAGUUGAAAUCAAACAUUGCCAAAUGUACUGAAUCAUUAAAUGGCAAAAGAAACAAUGCUAAGAUGUCUGCAGUAAGCAGAUUUUCAUAUUACACUUCUAAACCUAAUAAACAUUCACAAAACUCUCAAACCAGUGAAAGUUCAAAAAAUACUCAAUUCAGUGGAAUUUCCCUAAAUUCUGAAACAAGUGAAAUUUCGCAAAUCUCUCAUAUCAAUGGGUUUUCACAAAACAUUCUGAGCAGUGAUUUAUCUUGUUUUGCUGACUCUGGAAAUCCUCAAGAGUUGACACAAAGUGUCAUCCUAGAAUCAAAAUGUAAAGCUGUACCCCCGAGUACGAUACCAGGGUCUCCUUCAGACUUGGAAAAUGGUACAGAGGAAAGAGUUGAGAUGAACUUGAUUGAUGAUGACACUGGGAUAACAUACUCGGUUAAUGAAAAUGUGAAAUCAGUGCCAAUUUCUGAAACCAUUCCAGCUUCAGGAGAAGAAAGUGUGCUUCCUUACUCAGAUGACAAUUUGUCGGUGUUUGAAGGUGCUACAUGUACACGGAAUGAAGGAGUUGUGUUUAGGACGUCAUCACAUGGAGAUGGUAUGACAUUUGAUGAAGCUGUCCCCCAACAGGUGGAACCCAACAAAACCAAAUGCGAUGACGUCAUGAUUUCAGAUGAGACUGGUGUACCACUAGUUAUGUCAUGUGUCAAACAAGACACAUGUUCAGAGCUUACAACUUCAGACUCUGGUGCUUGUGCUGAUGUGCAAUACUCAAACCGUGAUAAAUCUUCGUUGUCAGGAUCUGGGGAAUGUGAUAUAAAAUCCAAUCCUUCCGUGUUACAGCGUCAUUGUCAAACAGAGGAAGUGUGUGGCAGAAACCCGUUUGAGCCAGGAGCUUUCUUUGAUUUACAAGAACAGAGUGAGACUGGUGAUGUUCUCAAUGUCAGUGAUUCAGCCUCUACAGAAAAAGCCACAGUGAUGACAAAUAGUUCUAGUGAUUUGAAUGAUCAGGAUGUUCCGAAAGCUUGUUUAUCAGAUAAACCCAAUAGAGGAUGCAAGAGUUUGGAUGAUCAAGGUGAACUAGAGCAUUUUAGUGAGGCAGAUGAAAACAGUGAAGUUAGUCAAUCUCAAAAUACAAGUGGAUAUUUAGAUGAAUCUGGAGAAUAUUGCCACUCACCAGCAAAUCCUCCAGAUCAUGAGCCAAAAUCCACAAACAGCCAUAAAAAUAGUGAAAAUGGUGAGAUUGAAAAUAGAACUGAACCGCAUGUGAAUUUUCAGUUCUAUAAACCAGAUCUGUUAUCCAUUUAUUUCAAAAAAAUUGAAUUUGAAAACACUUACAAAUACAAUGGACUUAAAUGUUUGAAAAUGUUCUCAACAGAAAAUAAAAACCUUCAAAAAAUCAAAAUCUCUUGGAAGGAUAAUUUAAAAAGUUCAAUGCUGGAAGAGUUAGCUCCCCUGUGGCCAAAUAUUACCUACAUCUCGCUAAGUGACUGUGAGAGUUUGACAUCCCAGUCCCUGGUUACCCUGGCAACCAACUGUAAACAGAUCCAGACGAUCACAUUACAAGGUGUGACGUUCAUACAAGACUUUGCCAUGAUUCCUUUUAUCACCAAUGGCUGUCUUGAGUGUCUGAACCUGGCCGAGUGUCGCAUCACGGACCACACUCUGGUUAUAAUGGCUAGAAACAAGAUGGACAAGAUGAAGGAGUUAGACCUGUCGUGGUGUGAUGACACCAGUAGUGUAGGCCUAGAUCAGCUGUUUGGGAAAUGUUCCGACACCUUACGCAAACUCAGCAUUAGACAGCUCGCAGCCAACGACAACACCCUUUCACUGAUCGCCAGUAACUUCAGCUACCUGACCAGCCUGAAUAUGUCCAGCAUUGAUGGGAUCAGUGAUGAUGCUGUUGUGAACCUGGUGGAGAACAUCCGUACCCUGGAGCAUGUCGAUUUCAGCUGGAAUCUAGGAGUGUCCAACAGGAGUAUAUCAGCCCUGCUGAAGAAUUGCCAGCGAUUACAGAGGGCAGAUUUAGCCGGUCUGAAGACUAUCACCUCAGAGCCCUUCCUUCCUCUUAUAUCGGAUUUGAGACAAUGGCGACGAUGUCAGGCAUUGCUGCGACUGAAACUUCACGAGAGGUCGGCUGCAGCUGCUGCUGCUGAUGUGGGGUCCUCCAGUGAUGAGGAGUAUGCUGAUAUCUUCCUGCCGCACCGGUCGACUGUGUAUGCGACAGACCUUAACUACCUGAACCUUGAGUUCUGUGACCAGGUCAGCGACAACCACCUUGCUGAGAUCAGCAUUGUUUCUCGACGUGAGUCCCUAACAAUCUACAACUACUACGGCGAACUGGUCAAACCAGAGCUGUUUGUAGGUCAGGGACGACAGUGGUACAGUAACUACAUUCCAGCCACGGACGAGUGAUUUCUGACAUUUAAACAGGAGUUGCUUGUUCAAUUUUGCCUUUUUGUUCUGUAUUGUUUUACAGCCCAUCGACAAUUGCUCAUAACAAAUUGUUUAAAGCCAAACAACACUGUAAAAAAAGACACUCACAUGAAUGAAUACAUCAGACUAAAACUAAAUAAUUAUAUUUAACUCAUUCACCCCUGAAGACACAUUUGAACUCUUCCAACUCAAAGGUUGGAAUUGUUCAUUAUGAAAUUUCAGGGAAUUAAAAGUGUCAAAGAUGUAAAAAAACCAACACACAAAUUAGUUGUAAUAUAGGUCACAUGUUAUAAAGUACUUACAUGUGUCUUUUCAAUUUCAUUAUAUAAAGUAGGGUCUUCAUAUUCCGCCAUUUUGUACAUUUAACAGAGCUUUAAGCUGUUUGAUGAGAAGAAAAAUCCAGCUGCUAUAAAUCAGAAAUAUUAUUUUACUCAUUGCUAUGUUAGUAAAUAUAUCAAAUGAUAACCUCACUUUGGAAAUACAGUUAAUAUUAUUAUUAUUAAAUGCUUUAACGGCCCAACAACACAGGAUAGGUCAUUAGGGGCAACAAAU